UCAAUGUGACUCAGGGCUUCAGGUAUCGUCGUCUUUUAAUAAUCUAAGUUACUGUAUAUAUGUUUAUAUUUCUCGUUUAGUGUGAGAGCACAGAGAAAAAAGGCUGAAGUUUUUUUUCUGACAAAGUCUUUGUUGGAGUUUUACACCUGUGUGAACGUCAGGAUGGAGCGGACCGGGCUGAUGAACAUCAUCUUUACAGCGUGUCUACUGUACGAGUCCGCAGAUACACACUCUCUGGAGUACCUCUACACUGCAGUCACACCAGGAAUCAGUUUUAAAGGGUUUAUUGCUGUGGGUCUACUGGACGGAGAGCAGUUUAUGUCCUACAGCAGCAGCAACAGGACACUGAUCCUAAAGGACUGGAUAAAGAAGAUUGAGGGUGAAGUGUAUUGGCAGAGUGAGACACAGGACAUGCAGGGCAGAGAGAAUGACUUUACCGAGACGUUCACAAGAGUAAGGAAAGAAUUGAAUCCUACUAAAGGUGUUAAUACACUACAGAGGAUGUACGGCUGUGAGCAGAAUAGUGACGGCACCACUAGAGGAUACGAUCAUUACGCUUACGAUGGAGACGACUUCAUCAGUCUGAACCUGACAACAGAAACCUGGAGCGCAACUAAUGCUAAAGCUCUGAACACCAAACAGAAGUGGGAGUCUGAUAGUGUUUAUACCAAAUACUGGAAGAACUACCUGGAGAGCACGUGUACUGACAGUUUAAUGAAGUAUGGCAAUGAGACACUGAAGAGGAAAGCUGGUCCUGAGGUGUUAGUGUUCCAUAGACACUCGUCUCCUUCUCCAGAGGUGGUGUGUCACGCUACAGGUUUCUUCCCCAAACCACUAAAUAUCACCUGGCAGAAGGACGGAGAGGACGUGCAUGAGGACGUGGAGCUCAGAGAGACGUUACCCAACCAGGAUGGAAGCUUCCAGAAGAGAAGCAUUCUGAAAGUCCCAGCUGAGGAGCUGCACAAACACAACUACACCUGCGUGGUUCAGCACAGCAGCUUGGAGAAGGAGUUAGUGCGAGAAGUACCAAAAGGUGGAGGAUCAGGUGGAGCAUCAAUUGCUAUCAUCACUGCUGCUGUAGUCGUGUCUCUCUUAAGUCUCAUCGGUUUCAUCGUUGUUGUCUAUAAGAAGAAGAACAGAUGGAACGGAUUUACACUUUCUAAUAUCUGCAUUAAACCUGUUCUUUCACGCAAACCCUCCUCUGAUUGAGAUUCUUCCUCCAACAACUCUUAAAGUCUGACUGUGUGUCUUCCUGCUGAACUGAGAGAGUAAGACAUGAUGGCGUUUACAGUUAAACAUUCAGUCUCGGCUCAGAGCUCAUCCUGUUUCUGUCUGUCCUUCUAGGAGACACGGAUUCUCCGCCAAUGUCCUGGAAUAUUUGGCAUAUUAAAAUUGUAUAAUAAUUGAAUAUCAUUAUUAUUGUAAAUAAUGUAUAUAUU